AUGAUGAUCAUCAUCGCGGAGUUCUUCGUGGUCAUCCUGAAGGUGCUGUGGGCUUUCGUAACAGCCGGUGCUAAGUGGGUGGUGCAGCCCAAGGAGAAGAGCGUGGCCGGACAGGUGUGCGUGAUCACCGGGGCUGGAAGUGGCCUCGGGCGGCUCUUCGCCAAAGAGUUCGCCCGGCGGAGAGCCAUCCUCGUGCUGUGGGACAUUAACAGCCAAAGCAACGAGGAGACGGCAGAGAUGGUGCGGCAGAUUUAUCACGAAGUGGACACGCCGACCUCCAAAGAUGGUUCACUAUUUAAUCGAUCCAUUUUGACUCCCCCAGGUGGCGUUGAAGAGGUCUCCCCAUUCCAGCCCCAGGUGUACACGUAUGUGUGCGACGUAGGCAAACGCGAGAGCGUGUACUCCACAGCUGAAAAGGUGCGUCGAGAGGUGGGCGAGGUGGACAUACUCAUCAAUAACGCUGGCGUGGUGUCGGGCCACCACCUCCUGGAGUGCCCCGAUGAGCUGAUUGAGCGUACCAUGGUGGUCAACUGCCAUGCACAUUUCUGGACCACCAAGGCGUUUCUCCCCAAGAUGUUGGAGCUGAACCAUGGCCACAUUGUGACAGUUGCCAGCUCCUUGGGUUUGUUCAGCACAGCUGGAGUGGAGGAUUACUGUGCCAGUAAAUUUGGCGCUAUCGGCUUCCACGAGUCCCUGAGCCACGAGCUGAAGGCUUCGGAGAAGGACGGCAUCAACAUGACCCUGGUGUGUCCUUACCUGGUGGACACGGGCAUGUUCAAAGGCUGCAGGAUAAGGAAGGAGAUCGAACCAUUUCUGCCACCCUUGAAGCCCGAAUUCUGCGUCAAGCAGGCCAUGCGUGCCAUUCUCACAGACCAACCCAUGAUCUGCACGCCUCGCAUCGUCUAUAUGGUCAACUUCAUGAAAAGCAUCCUCCCCUUCGAGGCCAUCGUGUGCAUGUACCGCUUCCUUGGCGCCGACAAGUGCAUGUACCCAUUCCUGGCGCAGCGGAAGGAAGCCAUGAACAACAACGAGGCCAAGAACGGGAUCUAG